CAUUCAUGCAAUCUUAUCUUCCCUCUUUUGCAUAUAAUACUGCAUGCUCUUAAUCGCUCCUAUAUAUUUAAGCACACUAUAACACUCUGCUUAUCAUUCCAGAAACAUCUUCUAAGCUAUCAUUCACUCAAAUCUUGUAAUUAAUUAAGCUCUCAUCUAGUACUAUCACUAUAUAUGGAUCAUUAUUAUUAUUAUAAUAAUUAUUAUUCAUCGUUCUCUGUUCCAGCACCAUAUGCAACUACAUCAAACUUUAAUCAAUCCCUUCCCUUCAACGAAAAUGACUCCGAGGAAAUGCUUCUAUGCGAGGUUCUUGCACAGGGAAGUGGCGGUGAUGCAGCGGAAAACUCCUCCACCGAAGAGGUGAACUCAACCACGGCGGCGCUGCAGCCACAACAACCAUCUUACAGAGGGGUAAGAAGGAGGCCAUGGGGAAAGUACGCGGCAGAGAUAAGGGACUCGACGAGGAACGGCGAGAGGGUAUGGUUGGGAACCUUUGAUACGGCGGAGGAAGCUGCUUUGGCUUACGACCAAGCGGCAUUGGCAAGUAGAGGAUCAGUGGCGGUUUUGAACUUCCCGGCAGGGAUGGUUGUUGAAUCGCUAGAGAAGAUGAUGAUGGAGUGUGGUGGGUUUAGUGAAGAUUGUUCUCCGGUGUUGGAGCUGAAGAAGAAGCAUUCCAUGAAGAGGAAGAUGGAGAACAGGGAGAAGAAACUGCUCAUGAUGAUGAAUACAAAUAAUAACAAUCAUCAUAAUCAUGUCAUGGUAUUCCAGGAUUUGGGUGCUGACUAUUUGGAACAACUUCUUACAAUCUCGUCCAACGAUGCAAUGCUAUAGGAGGAGUGUUAGAGACAAUUUUGUUGUUGGUUAAAUGUUAGCUAAAUUUUAA